AAGCCCAAUUCUACUGGAUGAGCGCCAGGCUGCUGUCCAAAGUGUCCAUGCGCGCCGAGGUUGACUGGAGCUGUCCGUGGUGCUGAAGCUUCACCGCGCAAUCCGCUUAUAACAGUCCGUGAGUCGAGAUCCCUCUGCGUUACUCCCGGAGCUCUGCGCGAUUCAGACACGAGCAGCCCAUAUGCUUACAAGACCUAACGGACGUUUUAUUUGACAUUCGAGUGAUUCUCACUGCAUUGUUUAACACAAGGACAAAUUGUAGUGUGUUCUGACGAGUCGUUCCAGUAUGUGUUUAAGGAUCGAGCACCAAACGAAUGGGCUCUUUCUGCUGCUCAUUCUGAGUCUUUCAGUGAUUCUCACGCGUUCUCAAGAAGAUGGAACUGUACAAACUCCGAGAAGAGGGGAGUCAGAAUCAGAGAGAGAGUUUGACCCCUUCACCAGCAAACAGGAGCCACCAACUGACGUCCAGCAGCUCACCACAGACGCAGUCCCAAUCCUCCCCAACCUAAGACUGCUCAAACUCCACUCGGCUCUGCUGACCAAGAGCUUCGAGGGAGAUCAGCAGUUUUUUAAAGAGGCGCCGCACACCGUGCCAACAGUCUCUACCUCUACAUCUGACACUGAACAUUCACUUCCGGUGCCUCAGGACGAUGCAGCAGUCUUCUCUGACCUUGUGACCACAUUGACCACAACUGCGGCAAUGUCUGUGGAACAAAGAAGGCCCAGCAAAAGCCGUAGUAGAACAUCAGAGAAGAUCAUGGUCACCUCUCAGCCUCUCACAAACCCCACCAUUCCACUAAGCACUCCCACAAGCACAGGUCAGAAGACAACUCUCAACACAACAACAAAGAAAGCCUUUGACAAGGAAAGUACUUUGCCACCACUGUUUCUGUCAACUUCACCUAAGAAAGAAUCACGGAGGCCAGAGGGGAAAACCACACCAGGAUAUUCCUCUCCAGCUCACUGCGGUAUGAACUUCACGGACGCCGAGGGUUAUAUUGAGCUCCCCCCGGAUGUCUCAUUUGAUUCUCACAUUCAUUGCACCUGCCUGGUUACUGUAUAUCUGGGUUAUGGCGUUGAGAUUCAGGUGCUGAAUGUGAGUUUGGAUGAUGGGAUGGAGGUGGUUCUAGAGGAUCUAGGCGGACCCAUGGCCUCAGUUCUGGCCAACAACUCCAUGCUAUCCAGAGGUCUGGUGCUGCGGAGCUCUAGUAACCAGAUCUCAGUGCAGUUCAGCAGUGAAUGGCCCACUCAACCUGGGUUAUUACUUUUACAGUAUAGAGCCUUUGCUCUGAGCUGUGCAUCCCCUUUGGCCCCUGAAAAUGGUGAAGUAUCAGUCACUGGUCUUCAGGUGGGGGGCGUGGCCUAUUUCUCCUGUCUGAUUGGCUAUCAGCUCCAGGGCCUUUCCUCUCUUACUUGCCGAAAUGCCACCACACCCUACUGGAGUGGCAGAGAGCCAAGGUGUCAAGUUUCUUGUGGGGGGAUGAUGAAAAAUGCCACUCAGGGCCGUAUCAUCUCUCCGGGGUUUCCAGGAAAUUACAGCAACAAUCUGACAUGCCACUGGGUACUGGAGGCCCCUGAGGGCCAUCGGCUCCAUGUCCACUUUGAGAAAGUGGCACUGGCUGAGGAUGAUGACAGGCUCCUCAUAAAGGAUGGAAGUAACAUUGACUCUUCCCCCCUGUAUGACUCGUAUGCAGUCGAGUAUCUGCCCACUGAGGGGGUCACUAGCACCGGCAGGCAUCUUUUUGUGGAAUUCACCAGUGACGAGGCGGGCACAUGCACAGGCGCUGCCAUCCGAUAUGAAGCUUUUGCUCAGGGCAGCUGUUAUGAGCCGUUUGUGAAGUAUGGAAAUUUCUCCACAAGUGAUCCUGCUUUUGGAGUUGGUUCUGUUGUGGAGUUCACUUGUGAGCCUGGUUAUACACUGGAGCAGGGCGCUGUUAUUUUAGAGUGCGUAAAUGAUGAAGAUCCACAAUGGAAUGAGACAGAACCAGCCUGCAGAGCGGUGUGUAGUGGAGAAAUAACAGAUUCAGCAGGAGUGGUGCUUUCUCCAAACUGGCCUGAAGCGUAUGACAAAGGCCAGGAUUGUAUCUGGGGUCUACAUGUGGAGGAGGACAAGAGAUUUAUGCUGGAUGUCCAGGUUCUUCGUCUGGGGAGGAAUGACCUGCUGACCUUUUAUGAUGGUGAUGACCUCACAGCCAACAUCCUGGGCCAGUACAGCGGUUUUCUUCCCCGAUUUAGACUCUAUACCUCUACAGCCGAUGUGACUAUCCAGUUUCAAUCUGAUCCAGCCUCCAAUGUCUACGGAUACAACAAUGGCUUUGUAGUGCAUUUCUUUGAAGUGCCACGUAAUGACACCUGCGCAGAGCUGCCAGAAAUCCCUAAUGGCUGGAAGAGCACGUCUCAUCCCGACCUGACCCAUGGCACUGUUAUUACCUACCAGUGUUACCCAGGCUUCCGUCUGCAGGGCUCAGAGAUCCUGAUGUGCCAGUGGGAUCUGACAUGGAGUGGAGACGUCCCCAUCUGUGAGAAAAUUAUGUCAUGUAAUGAGCCGGGGCUAGUGGAAAACAGCCGGAGACUGUUGACUGGCUCUCGUUUCGCUGUGGGAUCAUCCGUGGAGUACAUUUGCAACAAAGGAUACUCACUUUCUGGCCCAGGAGUGCUCACUUGCUACAGCAGAGAUACUGCAGACCCAAAGUGGAGUGAAAGACUGCCCAAAUGUGUCCCUGAAAGAUAUGAACCUUGCAGUAACCCUGGCGCUCCAUCCACGGCCAUCCAAAGUUCAGAGAAAGCAUUUUUCCAGGCAGGAGAGACUCUGAGCUUCACCUGCCGUACAGGUUAUGUGCUUCAGGGUGAACCCACUAUCCACUGCCUCCCUGGACAUCCGUCUCAAUGGAGCGGAGCGCCCCCUAUGUGCAGAGCUUCCUCAAGAAAUAGUGAGGAACACAGAUUGAACGCUGCUGGUACAGAGUUUGACGUGGAGGGCGUCAACAUCGCCAUCGCCAUUCUGAUUCCUGUAGCGGCGGUGCUGAUGCUUCUCCUGGUCGUUUUCCUCUGCAUCUCAGUAGCUCAAAGCAAAACUUUUCAGCUUCCUGGGCCAUCAUCUCCACCGUAUGACAAUAUGACAGAAGAAUCUGCAUUUGACAACCCUGUGUAUGAGACGGGAGUAAGUAUGGAUGCCAUAAACCUCAGAGACGUGGGCUCUCACAACACCAUCGUCCUGUCCUGACCUGCCAUUCUGUCAUUCCACCUGUCAUUUGUGACACUGAGUAGGUCUGCAGAACAUAUAGUGUGAAUAAACAAAGUUAAAUGGCUAAAUAGCAAACAGAGAAAUAUGCUUUUAUUUUAAAGGCCAUUUAUACUGUAAUGUUGACGUAGUACCAUGAAUGAUCCUACUAAAGAAUUAAGGACAAGAUAUAUAAUAUUAUAUCUUCAUAAUUUAGUGCAAUGUUACAUAAAAUCUUAAGAUUUAAGAAAUUUACCUUAAGAAAUGUUUUUUUUUUUUUUUUUUUUUUUUUGGUUGUUGUUGUUUAUUCAUAACAUACAAAUGGUUAGAAUAAAAUAUGUCAGGUUGCAGUGGAGAAGAGAAGACUCUGGGUCCCUCAUGAAAACAUUCAUUUUAGAUGUAAAAACCCAUUUAGGCUCAAGGCUGUGGGUCAUUGAUAUCUAGAACUCAGCAGAUGGUGUGUGUGCAUGUGUGUGCGUGUGUGUGUGUCUCAAUUUACCCUCUUCAUGUUCUCAUAUCGGAUGUUCUUACUAAUACUGGAGUACCAAAUAUUAACCAAAAAAUAAUUUCGCUGAUAUCUACUGAAUGUGAAAAAUGUGAAAUAUCUGUUGAAUGUGAAUAACAGAUUCCACUGGAAUGAUUAUACAAUUAUUAUUGUUUAUUUACAUUAUAUUACCUUCAUAUGAAUCUCACAGGAUUCAUGUUUUGUUUCAAGUCAUUUAUGUUCACAUGUUCAUAAUUUUUGUGUUUCAUGUCUUCAUAAGUUUGAUUCAAAUAAGAAAAUGAUAAUGAAGCUCUUGAAUUAGCUUGCACAUUAUACUUCCAUAAACAUAUAUAAAUAUAGAUUUAUUUUUUAUAUGAAAGAACACGAUGCUUCUAUUCGGCAAGGAUGCAUUCAAUAGAUCAAAAGGAAGAGAAAAGACAUUUACAUUACUACAAAAAAGCAUAAUGGUUUUCACAAAAAUAUUAAGCAGCACAACACUGAUAAAAAAAAAAAUAAGAAGAAAUUACAGAGUGCCGAAUCAUAUAACUGCAUACUUGAAUGACUUCUGAAGGAACAUGUGACACUGAAGACAAGACUGAAAUAAUGGCUUCUGAAAUGUCAGCUUUGCCUCACAGAAAUAAAUUACAUUUUAAAAGUACAUUUUAUUUUACUGCAUUUUUUUAUCUAAUAAAAACAAUAGUAAAUUAAUAUGUCACUUCCAAAGCUGUGUAUUUUUUCCAUUAAAUGUUUUUGUUUCAAUUACGACUUGGAUCACCAGCUGUAUUUAAUUGGGCUCUGAAUGAAGACUUUGAACACUACAGCUAAGCGGAACUACUGUGCUGUACUGAAAUCUGAUUUGUUUAUCUUUUCAGGAUGCAAGGCAAUACAAGGUGUGUAUGUAAAAUUCACCUGUCUUUCUUUUGGCACCUCUCAUUUUUUCUGUUGGGCUCCUGUAAAUGUAUUUUUCUCCAAGACCUCUGCCAGCACAUUAAUGAUGGUGGACAAUAGGGUUUUAUUUCUGUAGCACAUCAGAGCCUGCGAUUUGUGUUGUACUUUUUUUCUUUUUUUGUCUGGUGAAACUCCACAAGGCUCACACUUUGAGGCUGGAGUCUGGACUAUAUCAGAAUGCACUGGAUUAUUUGUUUCACAUUGGGGAACCACAGAGGUGGAGGUUGUUUUCACCCACAUGCAGCAAAACCUUAUGAGAGUUGUGAGCAUGGCUGAGAGUCUUGAGUUCAGUUGAGCUCAUGAUGGUGAUAAAGCCAUUUCUCUAUGUAAAACUGUCGCUGCAUGUGGGCUUAUUUGCAGAACACUGUAAAUAAAUGGUCUAAAACUUGA